AUGUCUUCCGAGUCAUCCACCAACUCUUCCACAAAUUCACAUCAACACCCAAAGGGCUCCUGCCCAAUGACGGGAAAGACAUUCGAUUUCUGCCCACCACAGGCUGGAGACUCGAGAUCACCCUGCCCAGCACUGAACGCCCUAGCAAACCAUGGUUACCUUCCACGAGAUGGAAAGAACAUCGGUCCAAUGGACCUCGUUCGCGGACUCAAAAAGGGCUACCACCUGUCCUCAGUACUUGCCUACAUCUUGUCGUUUGGCAGCUUGUUCCUACUCGGGCAAUUCAGAUGCAUGUCGCUUUCAGAUCUUGCUCGUCAUAACCUGAUCGAACAUAACGCAUCACUCGUACACGAUGACGACAACAACGGCGCCGAGUAUGCCCCAACUAGCGUGGACAACACGCUAUUAACAGCACUUUGUUCAGAGGGCGGAAAGGUCCUCCCAAACAGGAUGACGCUCGAGGAUGCUGCACUCAUUCGUGUCAAGAGAGAAAAGGAGUGCGGAAUAUUAGAUGGUGUGCAUGCUGAGAUAGCUCGAGGGGAGAUAGUCAUUGCUAUCGGAGUCCUGGGUGGCAAGGACGCGGCGAAGAACGGUGUCAAAAUUAGCGCACUGCACGAGUGGAUGUCGAAUGAGCGUCUGCCUGUUGGGUGGAAGCCCGAUCACACUCAGGGCUUGUACCAGACCUACAAGAUGGCGAAGUUUGUCAGGGAGCGCAUGCGGGAGGUCAGAGCGCAGCAACCAUCUGACAAGCCGCCAGUGCAGUCGCAGUAG